AUGCGGCGCGUGCGCUUCCAGGAGGAUGUGGACGACGACGGAGAGAGCGUCGAGCUGCUUCCGCUGCUGCAAUGGGAUGUGGCGGCCAUCGUCUGGCUGAUUCAGCAGAAAGAGGAACGGCCGUGGCUGCGGACGCUGGUGCACUCAACGACAUCUCGGCGGCGGACACAGGACAUCUCGCUGCUCAUAUGGUUCGUGUUCAUCGCCAUGACCCCGGAGUUCGGCUUGCCGUACUUCUGGAUCUGCAUUGGGAACUUGCUGGCGGUGGUGACGCUGCAGUACCUGGCUCAGAGUCCUCGACCCAUUGAUCUGUACCGCCCGCUGUGGCAACUUCAGGAUCGCCGCUGCGUCGACGAAGACACGAGAGGGUUCCCCUGCGUGGACUGCCACAUGGCUGUGGUGGUGCUGCUGCCAGCUAUUCUCCACACCCAGUCGGCGGUCGUGCAGUUGCUGUUUGUGUUGAUCGUGCUGUAUAUUGCUGCGUGCAAGUUGCUGCUGGCCACGCGGUUCAUCUCGCAGGUGCUUGGGAGCUGGCUCAUGGGCUUCACAGGAAUCCUCAUCGGCAACCACGGACACGUCGUGGUCAAGAGCUACAAGCUCAGUCGCGGAUACAAUAUUGCUGCCAUUGUGGCGCUGCUGGUGCUCGCGAUGCUCGUGCUCGGAAUGUGGAUCGAGAACAACGAGAGCAGCCUGAUGGGUAUCCCCAAGCAGGACUUCAUCGAAGUCUUUACGAACAUCUUGAACUCGGACGCACCGAAUCCAGUACCGACGCCUGGUGCUCCAGCGCAUGUUCACCAGAUACCUGCGCCAGACGCGCGAUGGGGGUGA